AGAAAGCCUGGAUAGAGAGGCGGAGCCCAAAAACUCUCCAACAAUCCGGGCGGCCCGGAAACCCCCAGAUCUUUCCGCUCCUCCUCCUCGUCGUCGUCUUCCUCCUCUUUCCUCCUCCUCCCCGUCUCUCCCUCUCCGCUUCUCUCUCCCACCAACCCCCCGCCCCCACCCAUGGCGCUCGCAUCCGGCACGUCCUGCGCCCUCCCCGGCGCCGCGCGCCCCCACCUCGCCGUGUCCCCCUCUCCGCCCGCCUCCUCGAUCCGUUUCUGCAGAGGCGGCUCCCGCGGAGGCAGGGCCGUCGUCUCCCUCCGCGCCUCCGUGCCUCCAGCAGCAGCGGCAGCAACAACAUCUGGUAGCAUUGCACCUGCAAUUUCAUUGACUGAAAAGGCUUUGAAGCAUCUGAAUAAAAUGAGGGCUGAACGGAAUGAAGAUCUCUGUUUGAGAAUUGGAGUUAGGCAAGGUGGAUGUUCUGGCAUGUCUUACACCAUGGAGUUUGAAGAUCGAUCCAAUGCCAGCCCUGAUGAUUCAGUUGUAGAAUAUGAUGGCUUUGCAAUAGUCUGCGACCCGAAGAGCCUUCUUUUCAUGUUUGGAAUGGAGCUGGACUACAGUGACGCCCUUAUCGGUGGUGGAUUCGCCUUCCAGAACCCAAAUGCAACAAAGACAUGUGGGUGUGGCAAAUCUUUCGCCACCGGAAAAGAAACAGAGAGCACAGCAACAGCCUGCAACAACUAAGCUAGAAACAUAUAGGUGGAAAUGCCAUAUAUAUAGCUCACCCUUGGCAAAAUGUUCUAUGGAUAUACCACAGAUGAAUACUCGAAACUCAGAAGUGUAACGAUUUUCAUUACAGUUUGUGUGUAUCACUGUAUCCAAUUGGACAAAUUACUGCUCGAUAGAAUUCAAAGAUAGUUACCAUGAACUCCA